AAUUCAACUAAAAUGGACCCACAAAUUUGAUCUAUAUAUUCAUCCCAAUCCCUCACUCUUAAAUUUCCAAACCACACUCACCUUUCACCAACUUCUUUUUACAUUUUACCACCUAUUGUCUCUAUUUGCAUCUCUUUUCAUAAUUACCAUCAUAUUUUUCUCCUGUAAACUUUUUGAUAACAUGUCACUAGACGGAUCGGGACUAGGAGGGAUGGCUAUAGCGGAGGUUUACACGAUGAGGAAGUUUCAUAGAGAGAACAUGAAGAGUAUAACGGCAACCGCGGCCACAACCGCUGGUGGAAUCGAAGAGAACGGUGGAGGAUCUGGUCGAUGGUUCUUUGGAAAGCUGAGCACCAAGAAAAACUCUGCUAAAGUUUGUGAUCUUAUGAUUACAGAAUAAGCUAUAAUGGCGCGUCCAAAAUUAAUCAAAUAAUUAUAAUGAAUAAAAACGUUAGAAUUUUCUUUUGCCCUUUUUGUUUGCUUUAUGUUUAAUAUGUAGUGUUUAUCGUUUGAAUUUAUUUUAUGAUUUUUUUUUUUCUUUGGGUUUUAAGCAAGUAUUUAGAUUGGAUGUUUUAUAAAGCUAUAAGAGUUUCUAAAUCCCUGCUACAUAUGUAACGAUUAUAUAGUCAUGAACUCAUGAUGAGUUAUUUUUAAGCAUAAUAAGUUUAAUUAGGACCAAACACACAUAAAUAAGGAAUUUAAGGGCUGGAGUUACAAUAUAUGCCAAUUUAUUCUCAGACCAGCAUCUCUCCUUCCCGUGGCAAAUCCAG